ACAUUUUUUUAGUUCAGGACUUCAACGAGUGUCGAUAGCACGCUCGUCUGCUGACGGAAGCUAUUUGUUUUAAAUAAGACAUAAAGAGAGCGUUUUCGCUACGAACAUAUUGAUAACAGUGCAUAAUGCAUUUAAAGAGAAAAAGGAACGUUUACCGAAGUGUUAUAUUAUAGCGUAGGUGUUAAUGUGUGGAGACUAGACGAUCUUGCUUGCUCAGAGAAGAUGCAUAGUAAUGAGACCCCUCCCCCCGCGGGCACCUCCCUGCUCCUUCAGCUCGGAAGACUGGUGGUGAGAGCUCGGAGCCCAACACAGAGGACGACCGAGGAAUCAACCAGCCACCAGGUGACCACCCAGCCUAGAUCAGAUGAACCAAAACCGGGAAUCGAAGCGCAACUCACCAACCACGUCCAAGCCUUGUGGGACGAACAGAUACCUAUAUGUAUCGAGGUCCUACUAGCUCCAGACUGUCAGGAUUGUUAUACAGCUCUGAGUCGCACUGAUGAUGCAGGGUUGUACGAAAGACACUCACAGAGGGCGCUGUUGUUGGAGAGAUGGACCAUACGGUCUGUUGCUAACAAGAACCACGACCCGUCUGCUAUCAGCUCCCACUGGUUGCUAUCCGCUGUGCGUUCUCAGCUCCACUUUUCCCAGCUAUCCGCGUGGAGAGCUCGUCUAGAGGAUGGUCCCGCAGAGAGAAGGAGAAAGCUGAGCCGAGAGACAUGUAACUUUAAAAAAAUAGAAGCAAACUGCGAUGAGACAGAACUAGACCGCAAGUUAAACAUCGUCUACUCCAUAAAAACACCGGGGGAGAGCUACAAACUGGCCGACUUCAACCGACCGCCCAACAGCCACAGGUUCCCCGUCACCGGAAUAGGGAACAACGUGUUCCUGAAGGUCCUGCUGGAGAGCCUACCUCGCCUGGACGACAUCCCCAUAGUUAAAUGUACCUGCCAAAAAAGACGAGCCAGUAAGGAAAUACCGACCAACGUCCACGAGGAGCUGGUGGGCAAGCUCAAUGAUCUCACACUAGGCCCGAGGAACGCCAAGAACGACGCCACAAACACAAGCGGCAGGAGACAUUCGAUCAUCAUGCUGGAGGAGAAGAGGAUCCUCGACGACAGGAUGUUGACGCCUUGCAGCGAGAGCGGCAAGCACAAGUGCAACUGUGACGAGGAGUCCGACGACAAGAAUCACAGGUCUUCCGCUAGUUUAAGCCAACAGGGACCUAAGAAGCUGGACGAGAGACGGCUGAAAGAGAUAGCUAAAUACAAACGCCGUCUGAGGAAGGAGAGCAAGCUGAAAAUGUGCGAUAGCACCUCGUCCGAGGGCGAGGGCCUGAAGUCCAAGGAAACACAUACGUCCAUACCGAUCCUACAAGCCGCGAGAUUUGACAGGUUCAGGGCGAUCGGCUGCUUCAGGAACCAGAUGUAUCUGACGCUGCCGGCUAGCAGGAUCGAAACCAGGUCGCCGUUCAUGGAGACGAUAAGCAUACCGCAGGCCGAGUUCAGGCGGACCAACACCGUGGGGACCCAGACCGACGAGUUUACCUGUCAGUGUGGAAACCCCCUUACCAUGAAAUGUCCGAGCUGCUCCGACAGGGGCAUGGUCCGGUCUGAAGGCAACUUCAACUUGGCGUCCAUAGAGAACGGCGCGAGGCGGAAGUGCGAGGAGGACGAGAAGGCGUUGAAAAAGCAUAAAUGUGAUAACCCUAGCAGUAACUCACAGUGUGAUAUAAGUUUAGAUAGUUCUAGUGAUAAGUGCGGUAUUAUAAAGAGGCCGAAGCUGAGACGGUACUUCCCCAUCGUGGACCGUAUCGAGAAGGUCAUAAGUGACAGGUUCGCGCAAAACAACGACAUCCAGGAGCUGAACCUCAGAGACGACGACACGGUGUUCUCUCUGCCCAAACCGGAAGCGAAACGCCAGAAGACAUAUUCCAUUAACGAGGACUACGUGCUAUACGAGAAGUGUGACUACGGAACCUUCGACAAAUGCGACCAGGAUUCCCCGAAAGACGCCGAGCCAAACGGUUUUAAGUUCCCCGACCCCAAGAAGGGGGGGCAGGACAAUCAGGUGCCCUCCCCCACAGAGAUGGACCGAUUUCGCUGGCGUUUCGAUUCUGCGGCGUCCAUGGUGUUCCACAACAAGACGGGGCUCCCCUUGACCAGCAGCCCCGCGCCGCUGAGGAGAGGCAACAAUUGCUUUGACUUUGACGACUCUAUUAACGGCGUGUCAGGCAUUAAGAGUGCUCUGUUUCAUCCUAUAAGCCCCCCCUCCGGGGCCCCCGCGUCCCCCGCGGCCCGCACCCCCCCUCCUCACAAGCAGGCGCCCUCACACAACAAACUCAGGAUGGGACCCAGCACGGGUCUACUGGGGAGCUUCGAGGAGUCUGCCCUCAAGGGUCGUUUGGAGCCCGUGGCGACCGUCCACGGGUUCACAGCUGAGCUGGGGGCCUCGGGGGCCUUUUGUCCGCCUCACCGGAAGUUGCCAGUCACUGUGUUCUUCUAUGCCCCCGGAGGAACCAAUGCUCCUUACAUGGGUCAUAUCAACCUGGGCGCAGCCGGCUACCGCGUGUCCCGCUCCGGGACGGUCCAGGUGUCUCUGUUCAACCCUCACGGCACGCUGGUCAAGAUGUUCGUGGUGUUGUACGACCUGACCAGCAUGCCGCCGAUGGCGCGCACGUUCCUCCGCCAGCGCACCCUGUACAUGCCGGCCGGGGCGGAGCACCCGCAGCCCCACCUCGUGCACAAAUGGCUUAGAUAUCUGAUACAUCUGAGGUUCAUGACCUCGAAGAGCGGCAAACUCUACCUCCACACGGACAUCCGCAUACUAGUUUCAAGAAAAGCCGAUUUGGAUACAGCAACCGCACACUCGGCUCUGUUCCGCCCGCUGACCAAUCCGGGGACAGCUGGUCGUGAUGACAGCGAACCGACCAAUAAGAAGACAGCAAAAAUAACAUCCACCAAUGGGGACGCCUCGCGGGAUACGAAACCAUCCAGCGUCACGACAUCCACCAAUGGCGUGGCAGACCGCGAGCGUCACGUCACGGCGCCGACCAAUCGCACGCCGAACCGCGUUUUCGGCGGGUGCAGUGACUUUGACAGCGAAAUCAAAAAUGAAAUGCGCGACUUCGGUUACGAGAAUCAAAACGGCGUGUCUUAUGAAUUGAGGAGUUUUACUUACGCCCCGGAGAACCCUAAAUACUCCCCUCGAUAAUAUCGGGCAAGCUUUAUGGACAUUGUGUAUUUGUUUUUUAGUGCCUGUCGAUGUACGUAUUAAUUUUUGUGUUAAAAAUAUGUAUGUACUAAUGAGAUGAAUAUAUUUUUGGUUUUAUAA